CGCCCAAGAGGAAAGGGGAUUGAAUCUUCAUCAAAACCCUAACUCCCAAAUCAAAAUCCACGACUUAACUAGCUUCCAAAAAUGUCCGCUUUUCAAGAUUUCGGCCCGCUGUCGGAGCGCCGGCGUGCUGAAAAGCAGCAGAAGCAGCGCAAGCGUCUGAUGAUCGCCGGAGCCUCUGUUUCCGUCGUCCUCAUCCUCGCCGUAGUAGCCGUCGCCACCUCCUUAUACAACUCAAAGGGUGUCGGCAGCGACGACCGCCCAUCGCUGCCGAAGCAACUCCACUCCUCUGCAAAAUUCAUCAAGGCUAUGUGCUCUGCCACCGAUUUUAAAGAGACUUGUGAGAGCUCCCUCUCGAACGCACUGUCGGGCGCUGAAACUUCAAGCCCGAAGGAAAUCGUUCGCGCAGCCGUGUCAGUCAUCGCGGGGGCGGCACAGCGCGGCUUCAACCACUCUGAGAGAUUCGUUAACUCCGAGAAUCCGAGGGUGAAAUCAGCCAUUGCUCUCUGCAAGAGCCUCUUCGAGCAGGCUUACGACGAGCUCAAGAUGGCUGUUUCUCGCAUUGAUUGAGCAAGUUUGAGAACCUUCCGAGCCAUAAGGGGUACAUUAAGAAUUGGCUUAGCGCCGCGUUGCAUUAUCAGGUGAUGAAAAUUCAAAUUUUAUUAAAGGG